AUGGAAGGCCUAUUUUUCAAUAUUGAUAGCGGAUUCAUUGAGGGUCUAGUGCGUGGGUACAGGGAUGGUUUACUGAAAUCCUCUCAGUACAUCAAUCUCACUCAGUGCGACUCUUUGGAAGAUUUGAAGUUACAACUUUCCGCCACAGAUUACGGUAAUUUUCUUUCAAAUGUCUCAGGCUCGCUGUCAACUACUAUAAUCGAGGAGAAGCUGAAUGAAAAGCUUGUGGAGCAAUUCAGAUAUAUAAGGUCACAGGCGACUGAACCACUCGCCAAAUUCAUGGAUUAUAUAACCUAUGGUUAUAUGAUUGACAACGUGGCUCUUAUGAUUACGGGCACUAUCCACGAAAGAGAUAGAUCUGAGAUUCUUGAGAGAUGUCACCCAUUGGGAUGGUUUGAAACACUGCCAACUCUUUCGGUUGCCACCGAUAUUGAUUCACUCUAUCAAACUGUGCUCAUUGACACACCAUUAGCUCCUUACUUUCAAAAUUGUCUCUCGGUUGAUGAUUUGGACGACAUGAACAUAGAAAUCAUCAAGAAUGCUUUGUAUAAAGCUUAUUUGGAGGAUUUCAUGCAAUUUUGCAAGACCAAGCUUCCCUCACCUUCCGAUGAAAUAAUGGAAAGGCUGAUCAGUUUCGAGGCUGAUAAAAGAGCCAUCAACAUUUGCAUCAAUUCACUUGAUACGGAACUUGGAACCGAUGACAAGCUCAAACUUCUGCCAGCACUUGGGAAGUUAUCCAAUACCGCCUAUCAGCAUCAAAUGGCUCAAAGUGAUGAUCUUGAAAACUUAAAGACAAUCAUUACUUCCUUAGGUGAGUAUCGCAACUUUUUUGAUACUACGAACGACAAGAAUCUCGAGGAUCAUUUCUAUGAGUACGAGAUGAGGCUCUGUAAAGAUGCUUUUACCCAACAAUUUACUAUUAGCACGAUAUGGGCCUACGUCAGAUCGAAGGAGCAAGAAAUCAGAAAUAUCACAUGGAUUGCGGAAUGUAUUGCUCAAAACCAAAAAGAGAGAAUAAAUAAUUACAUAUCUGUCUAUUAGACGUGAUUGAUUGUUAAGCUAGAAGUCAUGAACUCGUUAAUUUAUAAUGUUACUUGAAUAAUUCGUCGAUAUGGC